GAGGAGAAGGAGGAGGAGAGAGCCGUGAGUCUCACUGACACACUGGCCGCAGUCCUGAUACGAGCACAGCGCGGCUGGUGUCCGGCUGUUUGAUUAAACGGGGUUAUUUGCGCUGUUUUACGAGCGAUUUUUUACCGGUUUAUUAUCAUUUUGCACGCGCGUCUCAGAAGACGGACACAGCGCGCGCUUGUCUUCAUUGCACCUUGCUGAUUUGUUUUUGGACAUUUUGCGCUCGUGUUCUGCAUGUCUGAUCUGUCGGAUUGCAGGAUGCCGAAUUAGAUGCUUUGGGAAUAAGAUAUCAGACUGUAUAUAGGGGACACGGAGGCGAAAAUGCGAGGCAGAGGCGGAAGCGGCGCGCGCGGUGCAGGUGGAUGGCCGACCUGAUGCUACACACAGAGAGAUAGAGAGAGAGAGAGAGAGAGAGAGACAGAGAGAGAGAGAGAGAGAGAGAGAGAGAGAGAUCGUGUGCUGUAGUGCUGCUAUGCUGUACUAGUCGGGUGUGUGAGUAGCGAGCUGUGACCGCCAUGCUGCCCGGGGUCGGUGUGUUCGGCACCAGCCUGACAGCGCGGGUGAUCAUCCCGCUGCUGAAGAGUGAGGGCUUCUCCGUGGAGGCGCUGUGGGGCCGCACGCAGGAGGAGGCCGAGGAGCUGGCCAGGGAGAUGGACGUGCCCUUCUACACCAGCCGCAUCGACGAAGUGCUCCUGCACCAGGAUGUGGAUCUGGUGUGCAUCAAUCUUCCCCCGCCGCUCACGCGCCAGAUCGCCGUCAAAACGCUGGGUAUUGGCAAGAAUGUCAUCUGUGACCGCACAGCCACACCGCUGGACGCCUUCCGCAUGAUGUCAGCAGCGCAGUACUACCCCAAGCUGCUGAGCAUUAUGGGUAACGUAUUGCGCUUUCUUCCUGCCUUCGUUCGCAUGAAGGAGCUGCUAGAGGAGGGUUAUGUGGGAGAACUGCUGGUCUGCGAGGCACAGGUCCACGGCGGCAGCCUCUUGGGCAAGAAGUACAACUGGAGCUGUGACGACUUGAUGGGCGGUGGAGGACUUCACUCUGUGGGCACCUACAUCAUCGACCUGCUCACAUUCCUGACCAGCCGGCGCGCCAUCAAGGUGCAUGGCUUCCUCAAGACUUUCAUUAAACAGACAGACCACAUCAAGGGCAUCAGACAGAUCACCAGUGACGACUUUUGCACUUUUCAGAUGGUGCUGGAGGGUGGAGCUUGCUGCACCGUGACGCUCAACUUCAACGUGCCGGGUGAGUUCCGGCAAGAGGUGGUUGUGGUCGGAACGGCUGGACGCCUCACAGUCAGUGGCACUGAUUUGUAUGGACAAAAGAACAGUGGCAUGGCAGACCGUGAGCUACUGCUCAAGGACAGCACACCUUUAGGCAAUGCCUCGCUGCCUGACAAGGCCUUCAGCGACAUCCCUUCGCCCUACCUCACCGGCACCAUCUGCAUGGUCCAGGCUAUACGACAGGCCUUCCAGGGCCAGGAGGAUCGGCGGACUUGGGACGGCCGGCCGCUCACCAUGGCUGCCACUUUUGAGGACUGUUUGUAUGCUUUGUGUGUGGUGGACACAAUCAAAAAGUCCAACCAGUGUGGUGAAUGGCAGAACAUCGUAGUGAUGACGGAGGAACCUGAAGUCAGUCCAGCCUAUCUGAUCAGUGAGGCCAUGCGACGCAGCAGGAUGUCACUGUACUGCUAGAGCUGCUUGACUGAUGACUGAAUAAAUGUGACUGGAGUUAGGAAAUGAAUGACUGAAUGAAUUGAACCUGGAAUUAAAACGAAGCUUGCUGAAUUUUAUGGGUAUCAAUUGAAGGAAUGAUCAGAAACGCAAACAGCAAUAUACUCUUUCUGCUUUCUCUGAACGACACUGCUUGUGGAUGAAAUCACACUGGAUUCAUGGAGGAUGACUGGAAAUUAUACAGCAGAUAUUUUCAACACUGGAGAAAACCACUGGAAAAAAAAAAACAUUUAGCAGUGGCAAACAUGGUUCUGUCAUUCUUGCAUGGUGAUGAAUGUGCAAUCCCAAUGGGCUGUCCCGUGUAUGUGUUCUGUGUGUGUGUGUAGAACAUUACAAAAAUCAAUAGUUUGGCUGGUAGGCCUUUUAGAGAGGAACUCCCCUCUGGUCAAUUACAAAAUAAAUCUGCCUAGAUAUGCUUGUGUGUCUGAAAUACAAAGGAAUAGCUUGUUUUUUAGCUGUGCUUGCAGAGGACAGUGCAAUCGUAGCAUGCUUGCACAAGUCUACUGUUCCUUUAGGUUUUAGGCACUAAUUCGGUUCUUCAGCUCUUACAUGAAGCUGGCCAGCUUGUUUCUGAGCUUGAUGUAUUCAUCAUGUGAACUACUCUUGCAUGCGUACUGUAGAUGAGGGCUGUAAAUUACAUCUCAAACAAUCAGCAGUGGCCUCUGGUUAGUACAGCGUGGGUAGGUGUUCUAGCAUGCAGUCGCCUGCGCUGUUAGAGUUGCAGUUGGAAAUAAUUACUAUAAUUAAGCUCUAAGCAAACAAGUGGCAAAUGUGGCAGACAAACAACAUAAAGCAAAAUAGUAAACACCCCUAUUGUUUUACACAUUCAUAGAUAGCUUACACUAAGUGUCAUUGAGCUGUUACAUGGCAGAAACAGUUACAUGAACAAGACUUAUUUAUAAUACCUUCUGUUUACAGGGUCAGAUUAAUAAUCUGACAUGGUUUAAUGCCAAUUUCACACUUCAUACUUUUUCAUCUGUAUGUUCUGAGGUAGAUUUAGGAGUUCUGAUCAUGUGUCAUAAUUAGAUUUGAUGUUUAGCAACAUUCUCGAGGGCUAGACACGGCCGAGUCAAUUAUAAGCAUAAAAAUAUGUAUGCCAAAUUAUAUUCAAUACAAGGCAAAAAUUCCUUCGCAGUGCUUAGUGCUGGGAUUCUUGACUGGGAGAUGAUCCCAAAAUUAGUCAGGUUUUUAGUGCAUGAUUUUGAUAGAAGUUUAAUUAUCUUCUGUUUUAGACAUUAGAUAAUUAUUACAUCUUAUUUCUAACAUUGACCUACAAGCCAAAAGAUUGAUUUUUAUUUUGAACUCUUUUUAUUUGGUUUGGUUUAUUUAGGCAUUGAUAAUGUAUAACAAAGCUCUAAUAUCUACCUUUGCCUGCUGUUUCCUUUUCCUAUUUCUGUUCUAAGUUAGUAAUGGACCACUUCAGGCAUCACACGGGUGGUAUAAAAGGGUCAGGUGAUGGCUGUAACUGCUGGUCAAAAUCACAAAGGCUAACAUAAUGCAAAGACUCUCCACAGGAUUGGUAGCAAGAACUAAUUCUUAAUUAAAUCACUGUGUCAUUUGAUUGUACAGUGUAACAUCAUGCUACCCGUGAUGCAUCGAAAUGAAAGUUCUUGGCCGAAAAAUUCAAGAUUGGCUUUUCGUGCUAUAACAAAUUAUAUUAAUUUAUUUUUCUUCUUAUUUAUACUUAAAAAUAAGUCUUAACUGAAGACCUGUACGUUAAUGAACUACAAUCACCAUGGCGUAGCCAUAGCAACUAGCAUAUAAAAUGCAUUACGCAUGCAGGUAGUGCUUGAAACUGUGAUGCACACACACAGUGCAAAUCCGCUCAGUUCAGGGUUGCCAGAUUGGUUGCAGAUUCCAAUUCACUAGAAAUCAGCCUGGAAAUGUAAUGAUGGAAAAUCACAACUACAGAUUUUCUUUAGACGUAAAAUGAUUAUAAAUUGUGUUUUGAAAAUAUUGUAAAUUAAGGGGAUUAAAUUUGGUUGGAUUGGGGAUCCUUCCUAAUCUGGCAGCACUGUACAAGUUUCUGGUGCUGUGUUUUUAACGAAUAAACUAAUUUGUAGUGUUGUGUUUUAAUAUGUUGUAUUUAAUCUUACAAAUAAAACCAACAUAACGUUUCUGUUAAAGUUUUGCCGCAUUUGUACUAUUUUUUUUGUCUGAGAACUGGAUGUCGUGGUGUUUCGCUUCAAUGUUUUCGGCCAAAAAUUUUCAGUGACAUUUCGAAGCAUCCCUAGAACUACUGUAAUAAAUAUUAUGACUGCUUAUUCAACUGUUAUAAAAGUGUCAUGGCAAAUGAACUGUCGAAGAAAUUUAUAUUGAGAAAGUUAUUUUGACAUUUCGUCAAGUGUGAGAAUGUUUUUUUUUUUCCUUUUUAAGCUGCCUGUGAAAAACAUCUGCUGUACAUAACUACAUACAUUUUUAUACAUGCUGUGCGUACUAUAGACAUAUUUAUUUUUGUGUUUUGGAUGUUUUACAUUGAAGUAGGUAUUGUGUGUCUUGUUUGAGAGGUGCAUUGAUGCCUUUGAUUUAUACACUUCUCCAAGAGAGGUGCAGCUUCCACUGUGAUGCUACUGUUUCUGUCAGUGUGUGACCAAAAUCUGACUCUUGUCCCCCCCCCCCCUCCAGUUUCAUGGCUGGUAAUUCACACAGUAUAAUACAGUAUAUAAAGGUUAUAUGAGACUACACAGGAAACUUGCCAUGAAAAUCAUCUCUGGAUGUGCAUAUUUAUAACAUUUGCUUCUUAAAAUGCCUCUUUUUUGCACUCUUGGUUCCUCUUGUACCUGAUAUUUGUGCUUGCGUGCAUGCUCUUCUUAUAAUCCUAAACAAACGGCUACUGUUUUUCUUUCACUUCCUUCUCUAAAUCCUUUACGUUCACUCCACUUAGUGCUCAAAGUGCGCAAAUAUAACAACCAUCAGAAUCUGAAUCAUGACAGGUUAUACAUGUUUCAUCUUCUGGAGAUGUUUUUAGAAUGAUUUUAAACUGGAAAAUGUUUUCAUGUAAGGACGGAUGUAAAUUUAAAUGUGUCCUGCAGCCUCCAUUAACUCAGCUUUCUGUUUAUUUAAACGCCCCUACAGGUCACAGCUCAUGUUUACGUCUCUAAUUGAUCUGGUGACAACAAUUCAUGUUUUCUCGGUGUAGAAAUGGGCUGAAGCUUAUUUUCUAGGAUAAAGAUUAGGAUAAAGACAAAAAUCAAGAGCUAAUCCAGUUAUCAGCACCGUGCAAAUAUGAGUAACUGUCAUCAGAACAGCGAUUUGUGGAUGGUGUUUAUGGAGUAGGAUCUUUAUUAAAAGAUACAAUAUGAACAUGAUUACAGGCAAAAUGAACCCUGAAGAUUACAUAUUGAAAUCUGAAUUAAUUUGAUAUCAGAAUAGACUAAUAUCCAAAAUCUUGAUCUUAUCUGAAUUCAAGGCAUCCUUUCAGAUUUUAUUCCACAGAUAUCCAGAGAUGAUUCCUGCUGUGAUAUGUAAAGAAAAAUUAUUAUUAUUAUUAUUAUUAUUAUUAAUAUGAUUAUUAUUAUUAUUAUUAUUAUUAUUAUUAUUAUUAUUAUUAUUAUUUAUUAUUAUUAUUAUUAUAAACGGGACAGAUUUUAUCACCAAACAUGAUGUAUUUGGAAAUGAGAUAAAUUAAAAGAUUAUGAUGGUCUCUAAUUUGAAUAUAGUUUACAUUUCCGAAGAAAAAAAAAGAUGUAUUAGUGUUUUCACCUUAAAGCUCUGUCCUCAUACAGCUGCUGUAGUAAUGCAAUUAUGUGAACAGCAUAAUAUUGCAGAUUGCAGAUAUAACUGGAAUAAGUGUGUUGUUAUUGUGACAUGAUGAGGUUUCACCCCAAAAAUACCAUACCUGUGAUUACAAAUCUAUUACGUUUGCCAGUUAUUCCUAUGCUCUGUCUGAACUCUGUUGUUUUUCAACUAUACAAAUGAAUUUAAAAAAAAAAAAAUUGAAGUUGUUGGACAUUA